UGAAAAGGAAGCAGCUUACAAUUGGGCUCUAACACAUGUUUUAAGGUUGUUUGAUGAGAUAGAGAAACCUGCAGUCAUUGUAACUGAUAGAGAACUGGCUCUUAUGAAAGCACUCAAAACAGAGGAUGAAUGGCAAGAUUUUCUUGCAAGGUGGAAUGAUAUUAUUCGAUCGAAUACAGAAGACGAAUUUGAUGAAAAAUGGAGGAACCUGGAUACCAUGGAAAGAAAGAUUCGUGAAAGCUUGGCAAAUGCAUUACUUCAUCUAGGAACAACUACAACUUCACGCAUUGAAGGUUCACAUGCAACCCUAAAAUCAUAUUUGCAGAUGUCUACAGAAGACCUUCAUCAUGUUCAUACAAAAAUAUCAUUGGCAGUAACCAACCAAAGAAAAGAGUUCGAUGCCAUGAUUAUGUCAGAACACAUUCGUGUCCCAGUUUUUGCUACUAACAAUUCUUUUUAUGCAAAUAUUAAGGCUAAAGUAUCAUCCUUCACACUCAAGAAGAUAAAUAAGCAGUAUCAGAAAGCAAAACAUGCUACCGCCCAAGAGCCCUUACUACCAUGUACUGGAACCUUUUCAAAAACAUUGGGGCUGCCAUGUGCCCAUUUUAUUCAACAUUUAGGUGAUCAAAGCCUAAUUCUUAAUGAAAUCCAUAAGCAUUGGUGGAUCCCAGGAAGCUUACUGGCGCCACAAAUUAAUGAAAAUAGUUCUUAUCAGGAAGAUCCACUACAACUGCUUUUGCAAGAUCUACAACAAAAGUAUCAAGAGUGGCCAGAGUUCCAGCAAUUAACAACACGAGAUGCAUUAAAAAACAUAAUAGAUAAACCAGUAAUGACCUUACAAAAUCCAAAGAUAGUUCGUACCAAAGGACAUCCUUCUGGAGCUCUUAAUAAACGACAAGCUAAUUCUACUAGAAGAGACCCUUUCAGUUUUGAAUUGGUAGAUAAUAAA